AUGUCCAUCCACUCCCCCUACACCCCCAACCCCUUUGCGCCUCCUCCUCCCCGCUCCAGAGACUCGGGCGUAGGCGCCAUCGGUGCCCUCCUCUCCACCCCCUACGACGACUCGGAGGAUGAGUCCAACUAUGGGCCCUCUCCCAAGCCCCCUAAGCGCCAUCCUGUAGCCAGGCAAGGCCCCACUAUAGGUCAGGGCGGCACGGCGGCCGUUGCGCAAAACGUCAAGAGCUUUGAGGGCGAGCUCGACGCUGGCUCUGGUCAUCAUAUGGGGUACACCAGCCCCGAGAUCCACAGCCAAGCACCAUUUGGUCACCAUCCGUCUCUCCAGCCGACGAACGGUCUCGGUUUGACGGCGUCCCCGCCAAAGCCUGUGCGGAGCUACUCCAACGGGCCCCAGCCAGACUACCAUGUACCCAUGGCCGGGCGGGUCGAGCCCCAGCGGUCCAACACUGCGCCUAUGCAGCACCACUACCCUCCCCAGCCUUCGCCUCAAAAAAAACUCCAGCCGCCUGGUAUCAACACCCUCCCCCCGCCCAUGCCCAUCAACCUCCCUGCUCCUGCGUCCCCUAUCGCUUCUUUCCUCGCUGCCCCACCUUCCCCCCACUUUUCUCCCAUGUCCGCUACCUCUGCCCCUUCAUCUCCCGUCUUCGGCCGUCCCUCUUCUCCCUCCCCGUCGCUUGCGCGCAUACCCGCCAACGCGAGAAUGUCGGCGUCAUCUGCUUCCAUCCGCGGCUGGGACGCUCUAGCGGAGAAGAAGGCGAUGUUUAGGGAAGGCGAAGAUGAGGUCAUGUCGCCGUUUUCGACGUCUCGCCCGAGGAACAAGCCGAGUGGGUUGAGAGAGGGAACGAGGGCGAGCGGAAUGGAUUUCUGGAAGAGGUUUAGUGUGGCGGACAAGUUGGAUCAGGCUGAGAAGAAGGGCGGGCCGAGCUCCGGCUGGCUGUCAGAAGCACAGAACAACCGAGGUCUGAUCAAAAAGAUGGUCUUUGGCGGUCUCUUCCUCACUGUCAUCAUCGUCGCUGCUAUCGUCGUCAUCGUCAUCCUUCUAAAGCAAAAGAACGGCAGCUCCUCGUCCGACACUCAGGGCAACCUCUAG